AUGUCUCGAUUUGGUCCUGAUGCCUUGGAGAGCAGCGUUCUAUCCGGUUUGCCGCGCGAAGGUCCACCACGGUUAACGCUCGGCGCAACGCCUGAAACUAUCGAGAAAUAUAAAGCAUGGUUUGAGAAAGAUAGCAAGAAACCGCCGACCACAGCACCGCUUGUGUCACCAAACCUACUUGUAUGGGAUCAGGAGCGUCAGCGACGGGCACAGGAAGAUGAAAACGGUGCUGCAGAUGGCGAAAUGCAAACUCGCCUCACCGUGAUAGGUUUUCCGAAACACUCAAGCACAAAGCAACUCGAUCAAUUGAAACCGAUAACUCGCUCAAGGAUGCUCAUGCGCAAGACACAUCUCGGGUCUUAUUUAAUAUGCCGAUCCAUUGCACCGUGCACGAAAAUUGUCGCUAUCCAGACGGUGGUCGAAGACGUCAACGGAGACGCACAAAUCCUUUCUAUAUACAACUUUCCGACAACUGUCGAGGCCUCGCUCAAGUACCUCGAUCUCAUCUUUCCCGUAGGCGUGACCAUGGCCAUACUCGAGCCAACUUUCAAAGCUGCGACGCAGGGCGAGCAUCCUAUCAUUCGCGUGGACUCUCCCACCGAUAUCGUGUUCCUGGAUCCUAGGAGUGCCAUGUUGCGUGACGUGCGGUGGAAGACGGGGCAAGCAGUGCCCACUUUCGCUUCAUGGCCAUCAGACGCAGAUCACUGGAAGGCACACGGCAACAUGCACUUCAAAGCUGGUCAUUGGCUGCCUGCAGCGCUUUCUUUCUCGCGUGGCUUACAGUGCGACCCAGAGUCCCUUGUCCUUCGCUCGAACCGAUCGGAGUCGUAUCUUCGGCUCAAAUUCUACUCGGCUGCCUCGGCUGACGCGCAUGAUGUCCGCUGCGCUGCAGGAGUGACGCCACAACUACGCGAUAAAGCGUCGUACAGAGAGGCGAGAGCGGAAUAUGGAAGAGGGAGGUACCAGAUCGCGAUGUCGCUAUUCAAGCAGUUGCGUUUGUCACGCCCCAAGGAUAGCGACGUCGUGGGCUGGACCUCCCGCUGCGAGCAACGACUUCAGGAGAGCCGUACUGGAAACUACGACUGGAUGCAGCUAUACAAGUGGUCGCAGACUGACUCUCAUCUGGACAUCGCCGAUUACAAAGGGCCGAUCGAGGUCAAACAACUGCCCAACUGCGGAGGAGGUCGAGGAGUCGUAGCAACGAAGGAGAUCCACGGAGGGGAAUUGCUGGUUGUUGCCAGACCUUUCUCAAUUGCCUGCAACGGCGAUCUACAGUCUCACGGCCUCCAGAUGACUCUGAACAUGCUGACGUCAAGAUGGGACAGGCAAACGCAGAGUGCCAAUGUCGCGGAUGCCGCGAAAGUUGUCUACGGGAACCCAGAUCUACACGAUCACGUUUUCCACCUAUACGCGGGCCCCAACUACCCACCCCCGCCCCCAACAUAUCCGCCGCCCCCGGCCACCGAGCUUGUCGAACUUGAUGUUUUGGCACCGAGGCACCGUAUAGAUCUCGCCCAACUGGAGUCGAUCUGUACUCAUAACAAUUUCGGAGUCGCGCCUCUGCAACCGGCAGCUCUCAGGCCAGAGUCCUCGGAUCUCAGAGACCUGAAUGACACACCGACUGGUCUCUUCCUAUUGCCUUCUCUCUUCAACCACUCCUGCGCACCUAACACGCUUCGUAUCUUCAUCGGCAACGUCAUGAUAAUACGAGCGUCGCAGAUGAUCAAAUGCGGUGAGGAGAUCACUUUGACGUAUACAUCACCGCGCGAUACGUACUCCGAACGUCGCGAGACCCUACAGAGGAAUUGGUUAAUGACGUGUGGCUGCCGUCAAUGUCGGGACGAUCGCGCGGACGGUGAAGACAACCUUCGCCGUAGGCAUGCUAUCGUUACUGCAUUGCCCAGGCAACUGUUCAUGAGACCAUUGACCGAAAUCCGUUCUCUCGAGAAACAACUUUCUGCCACGUACGCCCUGACCAGGGGACCAUGUCGUCCAGCCCUAGCCGACGUCCAUCACAGCGUUGCAGAGAACCUACGAUCUUCGUACAAGACAUCCGACAUAAAGCAAGCAAUCGAGGAAGACAUAAAGUCUCUCGAAUGCUAUGGCUGGACUGUUACGGACGGCAAACCAGGUCGACGCGCAUCAUAUGGAACCAAGCCUCGAAAGGAAGAACUUGCCGUGGAUACUAGUCAUCUCUGUCCCCUCGAGCAUCCCCCGCAGUCGAUCUCUCAUAUGCUCCGAAUCGCUCAGACAUAUCUGGGAUGCAAUGACAUGACGAAGGUGGCAAAAUGGAUUAAGACGGCACAAUGGGUAUUCGAAACCUCCAUAGGCGGUGGAAAGGAACUGUUCAUGACGAUCGAGCGUCGAACCCUUGAACAGUUCGAACUGCUUGAUGUUGCAGCUGCAGUUCUUUGA